AUGGAUGCGAAUCUGGUCGAGGUGAUGCAAGGCAUGUCACUGGAGGAGGAUAAAUCGAUUGUUAUACCACAGGACGAUACUUUCUGUGCCAUGGAAAGAGGAGGAAGAAGCUUGUUGGGUAGACUGCUUAACCCGGAGUGUCAGAAUAUGGCUCGGAUGCUAAGAAUGAUGCCGAAAAUCUGGAAGGUCUAUGAGCGGGUCAAGGGGAUUGCUUUAACAAGAGAGCGAUUCCAGUUUGUUUUCGAUCUGGAGACGGACAUUCAGACUGUGCUGAAACAAGGGUUUUGGACUUUCGAUGACUGGGGGAUGGCUAUGGAGAGAUGGGUCGAGUAUCCUCCCAAAAACUUUCUACAAACUACGGUAAUUUGGGCACGUCUGAGGAAUAUUCCGGUGAACUAUCUGACGCUGAAAACAAUUGAUGCGAUAGCAUAUGGGAUUGGUCAUGUAAAGGUUAUUGAAUUUGAUCCGGAGAAACCUUUGCUUAAUGACUAUGUGAGAGUUCAAGUGAUAAUCGACCUCAACCAACCUAUUAGAGAUAAGAAGUCCUCACUCUGCCAGAAGCAGGCUAGGGAAAGCCGUCAGCACCAUAGCAAUUUAGCGGAAACGCUUAUGCCACUCCUUGCUCCAUCUGUGCCUCCGGGGUUUCAGCCUCACAGUACAGUGGUAGCUUCUGAAGUAUUUGAGCAGAUGAGAAUAUACAUGAGUUUUCUGGACCCUGAGGAGAGAAGACUCAGAGAAGCUAAAAUGAAAAAGACUCUUGACGAGCUAUCAAGAGAUCCUCUGGCGUAA